GCGCGAGAUUUUGAGCUGGAAACCUUGGGCGUAACCCUUCAAACUUCCAGAAGCGCGUUUUCCAUUACGGGAUUUGUCCCUCACCGGCUGCCAUUCUGGAUACCAUUUCCCCUCUACCUGCUACAACCCGAUUUUUCCCUUUAACUUUUUUAUCAGGUUUUUAUCUAUAAAACACAGUGCCUUUGUGUAUCCUUGGUCGUUUAGGUUUCGUGUUUAUUCCGCGCAUGUACCGAGCACAAUGUUCACCACUACCGGGUCCAGAGGACUGUAUAAAGCUCCAGUGUCGAAGAGCCUGCUGCUGAUUCCCACUGCCUUCACCGUGCUGCUGCUCAUGGCUCUGCCUCAGUACCAGAAGCUGUUCGUCUACAGCCUGCAAGCUAUCGCACACCACGGCCAGUUGUGGAGGCUGCUGUGUGGGAGGCUGAUCUGUCUGGAUUUAAAGGACACGUUCUGCAGCAGUCUGCUCAUCUACAACUUCCGCAUAUUCGAGAGGAGGUUUGGCAGUCACAAAUUCGCUUCCUUCCUGUUUGGAACCUGGGUUCUGUCUGGAUUUCUGGACUUCCUGUUGGCCGAGGCUGUUCACUUCCUGUUUGAGCUGCAGGUGGACGUGCUACCGGCCGGACUGCUGGGUCCAGUCUUCGCCCUCUUUGUGCCUUUCUUCUGUUCCGUCCCUCGAGUUCAGGUCACUCAGUUGCUGCGCCACGUCUCGAUCAGCAACAAGUCUCUCGUGUACAUCGUGGGCCUGCAGUUGCUGACCUCUAGCGCUUACAUGUGGGUUGUGGCUCUGAGCGGAUUGGUCUCAGGCGUGCUGUACUACAAUAACGUGUUGGCUCUCCAGCGGUUCCUGUAUGUUCCACAGUGGCUGGCACGCUGCAGCUCUCAGCUCCUGGAGCCCAUGUUCUCAGGCACAGAGCCGCACGCUGAGGCUCCAGUAGGAAUGGGAGCCACGUUGGACAUCCAGCGACAGCAGCGCAUGGACAUGCUGGACCAACAGCUGCUGCUCUCACAGCUGGCGCAGCUUAGGAGAAACGCCCAGCAGCCACCACCACAGCAGCAGGGUGGACUCCUCAACCGAUUCUUUCCGGGUUUGCGACACAGAGGUCAGAACGUGAAUCACAUGCAGCCUCACUCCGUGGACCCACCAGUGGCUGAGGAGCAGGUGGCGAGGCUGAUGGAGAUGGGUUUCUCCAGACUGGACGCUCAGGAAGCUCUCCGAGCAUCCAACAACGACAUCAACAUGGCCACCAACUUCCUGCUCCAGCACUGAGGCUGAGCGUCACAGGGCGGAGCAGACGGAAACGGCGCCGCUGCGACUGGAAAACACGACGCACGGACACUACGUCGGAAGACUGGAACAGUAACAUAUUCUCUGGAGCUAGUGGUGUCGAUUCCUCUCAAACCGCUCUGUGAUUGGGUGGUGAGGAGCCGCCGAAGCUGCCGCUACUGUUUCCUGCCGACUUCAGCAGAAUAGAGCCGGGAUGGUGGCAGAGGACGGCACGGUAUUAUGUCAGGGCUUGCGUUCUCUGGCCUCGCCGUCCCUCUACAACCUCCAGCACUGCACAUUCUUAUUAAUAAGCCCACGUAUAGUGGCGAUGAUGAUGAUGAUGAUGAUGUGAUUGAAGAGUCUUAAAAGGAAAUCGAGACCUCAUAAAAAGACUCAUAUUUAGACAUAGUUGUGGACUAGUGUGUUGUUUUGACGAAUUUUAAACUUGUGGGACUUUACAGUUAGAGGAAUAAUUUGCGCAAUUUUUCUUCACCAUGUUUCUUAGUUUUGUUCAGGAGGCUAAUAGAUAAAUAAACAGAAGUCAGUGUCACCCAAAAUCUGUUCAACCACAGUCAUCUACACUCAUUUAUACCUUUUAAUAUGUACAGUAUCGUUUACCCAGAAAGGUGUGUGUAGUGUACUAUUAACGCUUUACUCUAAAAGGUCAUUACAGUUCAGUGGCUUACUUUAAAGGUACACUACAUCCAUAUUUCCAGGUGAAAAUAAAAAGCAUAUAUUAAAGAUGCAAAACAAAUGGGUACAACAACUGCGAGAACUAAAUGUACAGUUUGCUACCCGUAUAAACCCGAACAAAACUUUCAGCUUAUAUCAUUUUUGACAACCAGAAUCCUCCAGGUUCUUGGACAACCAUGUCGUCCCUCCCCAUUUAUAUCAAAUGACCGAUACCAAAUGUGGAGAACGAAAGCUAAUACGUGUUUCUUCUGAGACGUGACAACUCCAUCUUAUCAAAUUUCAUCACAGGGCAAAGUAAGACACUCUGAGGAAGGCGCAAUCUGCCCUCUCGAGCUCGCAGAUUCCCACGAUUGGUUUGUGUCACUCUGAUUGAUUGACAGAUGAGAGAGAGAAUCCCUCCCACCCAAAGAGAAUGGUCAAUUUUUGCUCCCUUUGCCACCCGUUGAUGGCUGUGGCAUCAUCAGGAUUCGAACUCGCCGUCUCCCAAUGAUGAUGGCGUGAACAACGUUGUUCGAAGCACGUUACAGUAUAUGAAGAUUUGGGUGUGUGUUUAUGGGAAUGAUCUUGGGUGAGAUUUCAUCCCAUUAUUGUUUGCUACAUUAGCCUCAUAACUCCAGUACAAAACACGAAGCAGAUACCGCACAUGUUCUGUGAACGGGGGGGAAUUGUGUACAUUUUUGGUUUUUCAUCAAACGGUCCCUGGCUCUGCCUGUUCUUUGUGAAACCUUCAAAACAAAGCAUAAGCUCUUAAAUUCAAACCUUGUGAAUAAUGUAUGUUGACAUGACAUAACCAGGUUAAUAAUUACCAUGUGAUUAUUCAUGAUUAAUUCAUAAUCAUUUAAAGUAAGAAUUGUGCUAGAAUAUGACGGUCGCUUUGGUGAGGAAUAAAAUGUACACAGUUUUCUAUUUAUGCAAAUGAGACGUAUUUUUUUGGCUGAUGUUUGUGGCCUCUGGUUUUACUGGAGGUGAAAGUCUAGCUAACAAAUAAUAAAAAUCUAUCUCCACCA